AUGGAUGUCAAUUCGGUCCUGAGCAACACUUUAUCGCCAGAUGAUGCUACACGAGGGAAUGCCGAGCAGCAACUGCAACAAGCUGCCCAGGCCAACUUUUCUGAAUAUCUGUCCGUCCUUUCCCGAGAAUUGGCAAAUGAAAAUGCAGACCCUUCGAUAAGACAAGCGGCUGGUAUCGCUCUCAAAAACGCCUUUGCCUUUCGAGACGUAAGCAGACUGCGGGAAGUUCAGGCACGAUGGCUACAAGGCGUAGACCCGAAUAUCAAGAAACAGGUCAAGGAUUUGGCCUUACAGACUCUCAAUUCGCAGAGAAAUGCCGCCAACUCAGCAGCCCAGUUGAUUGCCACGAUCGCUGCUAUUGAGCUCCCCAGAAACGAAUGGAACGAUCUCAUGCCGACGCUCGUCAGCAAUGUGGGCACAGGCAACGAGAGGUUGAAAAUGUCAAGUUUGACCACUAUAGGAUUUAUCUGUGAGAGUGACGACUCAGACCUUCGAGAGUCUCUGAUAAUGCACUCCAACGCCAUUCUCACAGCUGUCGUCCAGGGUGCGAGAAAAGAAGAAACGAACCAAGAAGUCCGCAAAUCUGCCCUUCAAGCACUGAGCGACGCUACCGAGUUUAUCCGAUCCAACUUCGAGAAUGAGGGUGAGCGCAAUUAUAUAAUGCAGGUCGUCUGCGAAGCCACGCAGUCGAGCGAUCCCGAUGUUCAGGCGGGUGCUUUUGGCUGUUUAAACAGAAUAAUGGGCAUAUACUACGACAAGAUGCGCUUCUACAUGGAGAAGGCUUUGUUCGGCCUGACUAUUUCAGGGAUGCGAAGUGACACCGAGGACGUUGCCAAAUUAGCCAUUGAGUUCUGGUGCACCGUGUGCGAGGAAGAGAUCAGCAUUGAGGACGACAACCAACAGACACAGCAAGAAGGUUCGUCUGAGCUGCGUCCAUAUUUCAACUUUGCCAGAGUCGCUUCGAGAGAAGUGGUACCUGUUGUAUUACAACUCAUGACCAAGGUCGAGGAAGAUGACGCAGAUGACGAGUACAACGUUGCCAGAGCAGCGUACCAAUGCUUACAGCUUUAUGCCCAAACCAUAGGCUCGGAGCUAGUGCCUAUGGUGUUGACAUUCGUGGAGGGAAAUCUCAGACACGACAAUUGGAGACAUCGGGAUGCUGCAGUGGCUGCUUUCGGUGCCAUCAUGGAUGGUCCUGAAGCCAAAACUCUGGAUCCUCUGGUCAAGCAAGCCCUGCCAGUUCUUAUCAGCAUGAUGCAAGAUUCUGUUGUACAAGUGCGAGAUUCUGCAGCUUAUGCCCUGAGCAGGAUCUGUGACUACUGCCAUGACUCGAUAGAUUCUGCUCACCUACAACCAUUGAUGCAAGCAUUGUUCGGAGGCCUGAUGAGCCACCCAAAAAUGGCUUCCUCAUGCUGUCUAGCGUUACUAAAUCUAGCCGAACGAUUUGUGUCGGAAGAUGGUGCGGAGGCCAAUGCCUUGACACCACAUUUCCAAGACAGUGUCACAGCUUUGCUACAGGUGACUGAGAAGGCCGACAUCCGAGAAGAAGGCGCAAACCAGGUUCGCACUGCUGCAUAUGAAGUUCUGGCUGGAUUCAUCACAAACGCAGCCAACUCAAGCUUGAACAUUGUGAACGAGUUGACCGAAGUGAUCAUGCAGCGAAUGACCCAGUCUCUACAUCAGUCUCGCGAUGUGGUCAGUGUCGAGGAUAAACUCAACCUCGAGGAGAAGCAAAUCAGCUUGGCAAGUGUUUUGCUUUCUAUUGUGCAGCGACUCGAACAACACGUCGCUGGUCAGGCAGAUCGCGUUAUGCAGGUUUGUAUAGAAACUCUCAACGCAACUGGCAACACUGCAGUUCCCGAGGUUAUCUUUCAGAUCGUGUCCGGUCUAUGCAACGCCUUGAACGGAGACUUUCUCAAGUAUAUGGAGUCCUUCGUGCCCUAUCUGAACGCAGCUCUUCGAAACCAAGAAGCACCCGACAUGUGCUCGCUGGGUAUCGGCCUCGUUAGCGACAUUGUGCGAGCAUUGGAGGACAAGGCACAGCCAUACUGCGACCAAUUCAUGAACGACCUGCUCAACAAUUUGCGGUCCGACAAGAUCACAAACCAACUUAAGCCACCUAUCCUGGAAACCUUUGGUGACAUCGCCUCCAACAUCGGACUCGCGUUCGAGACGUAUUUGACAGUUGUUGCACAAGUAUUACAACAGGCCGCUACCGUCACUGUGGCCAAUGAUGUUUCUUACGACAUGAUGGACUACAUUGUCUCCCUACGCUCAGGUAUUGCCGACGCCUGGGACGGGAUUAUCGUGGCCUUCAAGGGUACUCAGAGAGUUAAUCUCCUUCAGAAUUAUGCUCAAGCCAUUUUUCAGUUCUUGCAGAUCGUGUCGUCGGAUGUCAAUCAUAACGAGGGCCUCCUUCGAGCCUGUAUGGGUAUAGUUGGUGACCUCGGCGAGGCGUUCCCAGACGGCCAACUGGCCGAUUUCUUCCGAGCCGAAUGGCUAACCAAGAUGGUCAGGGAAACCAGAUCGACACGCGAGUUCACAGCGCGAACUAUUACGGCAGCCAGAUGGGCACGUGAGACCAUCAAACGUCAAAGUCAGCAUCAAGGUAAUCUCAUGAAUGCCUCAUGA